AUGGAGAUGGUCGUCGGCGGAUUGCUAGACACAGGAGGGACUGUUGAAUUGUUUGAAGCCGUGGAAGUGUAUGCCGUCGGAGGAUCAGUCCUGUGCGUGUUCCUCUUGGGUCGCUGUGUUGGUUUGAAGGCGCUUCAGGGAGUUCUUGAGAGUCUCGUUGUAGCGCUUUUUAUGUCCUCCUUUGCAGCGAGCACCCACAGCGACAUUGCAGUAGAACAGUUGUUGGUUGUUCAUCCGUACCAAGUGGCCAGUCCGGUGCCGAGAAUUCCGUGUCUGGGAUCCUGUGUUGCCGUCUCAGCUUCACUAUUUGGCCGAGACAUCUGCAGUGUAAAAUGUUUAGCUGCCGAGCAGUGUCUUGAGGACGACGGCAUUGUACAUCUGACGGUUUCACGCGGAUUCUUCAAGUCGGCCGAAGGCUUGGCUGGCUUUGGAGAUCCGGCAAGUAACCUCGUCGUCGAUUCUAGUGUUGCGGCUAAGCGUGCUGCCAAGAUAGGCGACGUCGCCCAUGUUUUUGAGCGCGGUGCCUUUGACGUUUAUACGGGGAGCAUUUUAAUCAGCAGUGGGUGGCGCUAG